CAACUCCACCUCUUUAAUCUCUCACAUCCCCUAAAGUUCCUUUAGGGUUUCCUUCUUCACUAUAACACCGCCACUCGUUUUCCCUUUGGAUUAACACAGUCAUGCUCGGCCUAGAGAUCCCUCUCUCUCCCGUUUGCCGCCUCUAAUCUCUCUACCUCCGUUAUCGCCGAUCAGCUAUGUCCAACAAUCUCUUGCCUCAGCCAUUUCCUGUAAUUGCACAGGCAAGUAUGCAAAUAGGUCCAUGUAUCAAUGUCCCUACUCCUUCUCCAGAGAUGAUUUCUAAAUCACAACCAAUCUGUAAUUAUCAAGAAGCUCCUUCAUUGCAAGUAAGAAGUCAGAUCUCUGUGAGGGAGGAUUGUAAUGUAAUGGUGCAGCCAUCGUUUGUGACUCGUCCUGCUGCUGUAGGAUCUGUGUCCAUGGAUACAUCUCAGUUACACGGUAAGCGGAAAUCACCAUUGCAGCCUUUGUUCAGUGGGAAUGCUUCUUCUCCUGAAUCUUUGUCAGUGCAAAAUAAACGGAUGAUGGUGCCUAUGGAACACAGAGCGUUGGCGUCUGAGCUAAGUAAAGGUCCCAUGCCGGUGAAGUCAGCUUCUGUUUCCCCUAGAACACAGUAUUUGCCUGCAGUGUUCAGUAAGAGUAAACCUGUGAAGCAAACUCAAGCUAGGAAACAAGUUUCACCAAAACCGCUGAAACGUCAGAACGAAUCAUCCGAAUCCGUGAGGUCUAAGAUGAGAGAAUCGUUAGCAGGUGCACUAGCAAUGGUACAGUGCCCAAUGGAAGCUCACAAGGAGUCGAAAAGGUUACAUCUUGAGACUGCAGCUACUCCUCUUGAAGGUCAUGUCAGUGAGGUUUCUGGAAUUGAUGUGACGGUAUCGAAUGUGAUCACUGCAAUGGUUAGUCCUGAGGGAGGUGGCUCUGCUGAGACAGUGUUACCGGAGAUUUUGGAUAUCACCGAGACAAGUGAUGCAGCCAAAGAGGUCACUGCACAAGAACCGCCUCCGGCUGUAAACCCUUUUCCGCAAGACGAUGUUUCAUAUGAUGACAAUAUGUCUACAAAGGAUGAUCUUUUGCAAGGGAAUGACCUCUCUUGGGCUCUCGAUUCGGAUAUAGAGUUUACAGAAAACUUUCAAAAUGAAAUGAUUGGAGCUAUGAUGGCUGAUGAUGAGAGCCAGGAGAAAUUGUUACUGGAUCCACAAGUUUUGUCGUUUAAAAUAGAGGCAGAACUCUUUAAGUUAUUUGGUGGUGUGAAUAAGAAAUACAAAGAGAAAGGAAGGUCUCUCUUGUUCAAUUUGAAAGACAAGAACAAUCCUAAGCUCAGGGAAAAAGUUAUGUAUGGUGAAAUUGCAGCAGAGCGGUUGUGUUCCAUGUCAGCUGAGGAACUUGCUUCAAAGGAACUUGCAGAGUGGCGACAAGCAAAAGCAGAAGAGAUGGCUCAAAUGGUUGUUCUGCAGGACACAGAGGUAGAUAUAAGAAGCUUGGUAAGGAAAACACACAAAGGAGAGUUCCAAGUGGAAGUCGAAUUAAUGGAUAGUGGCUCUGUGGACGUCUCUGUUGGAUCGAGUUCGCUUAACUGGUCUCGACCAAAGAAUGUUAAGAAGAAAACAUUUGUCAAGACUAAAUUGAACAUCUCUAAUGAGGGCACUGGCUUGAUUAACGGAGUCACAAUAGAUGAUGGGAUGCAGGCUGCCACUGGAUCUCUUCCUCCAAUUGUCUCUCUUGAUAAAUUCAUGUCAUCCAUGGAUUCAGUAUCUCCAUCUGACUCUUCGUCUGCAGAUACCGGGAAAAGACCUUGUGUUUCAGGUAAUACUGAUGCAGAGGCGGUUCUGAUUUCGACAUCACAUGAAGAAAGUGCUAAUAUUGUUCUUGGUACAUCACCAGUCAAGGCUGAGGCAUCACCAGUUAAGGCUGAUGAUGAUGACGACAUAGUCUCGUCAAAGCCUUAUUCUGAUUUAAAAUCCGAAACCACUUCUAUACCCGCGGGUGAACGUGUGUGGGAAGGUGCACUGCAGUUGAGUGUUUCUUCUCUGAGCUCUGUCAUUGGCAUUAUGAAAAGUGGCGAGAAGACUACUACAAAAGAGUGGCCUAUGUUGCUUGAGAUCAAGGGUAGAGUCAAAUUAGAUGCAUUUGAGAAGUUUGUUCGAGAGCUCCCAAAUUCCAGGAGUCGUGCUGUAAUGGUUAUGUGUUUCGUCUGCAAAAAAGGGUGCUCCAAGACAGAACAAGAACUCGUUUCUGAGGUGGUCGAUUCGUACGCUAAAGACGAGAGGGUGGGUUACGCUGAACCGGCUUCAGGAGUUGAGCUUUACCUCUGCCCAAACCGUGGCAAAACCGGCGAGAUCCUAAGCAAGAUUGUUCCAAGAAACCAACUAGAUUUUUCUUUAGAUGAUGAUGGUCUUAUAGGUGUUGUUGUAUGGAGAAGACCACAAUUUAGAAAACCAUCACUAUCAUCUAACUCGCACAAGAACCACGGUUCUUCAUUAACCACACUUAAUACGUCUCGUUACAGUAACAACAAGCCACAGAUCAACCAAGAAGAUGGUGGUGACGUGCCACCAGGGUUUGGUCCAAUGGCCAUGGCUCGGCAUGGUGAUGAUGAUGAUGACCUGCCUGAAUUUAACUAUUUUUCUCGUGGAGAUGUUGUCAUGAACCGGACCAGAGGGUGUGAAUCUGUAAGAGAGCUUAUACGUAAAUAUGGAAAAUCUGAACCUUUGUUGAACCACCAAGGUUUUAAUGAUGACGAUAAUGACGUACUACUACCAGAGUGGCAGCCUCAAACAAAUCCAACUCUUGGGCAUAAUAAUGUAAAUGGUGGCUCGAUGGUUAGAUCAAGUAGUGCGUGGUGGCUUCGUCAGGCUGGUGGAGGAAGAUAGCAAUUCGUUUUUGUUUCAGUUUGAAAAUUUUGUUUUGUUUUUUAGCUCGCAGCCUCGCAUUAGCAUAUUGCUCUUCAGAAUUGAAUUUGUAACGGUUCUCUUUUCCUAUGAAAUCGUUGAUUUUUGCAAUUUUUAUAUGAGCCUACAAGGCCCACUAAUUUGUUGUUUUUCGAAGAAAUAUUUCAAGUCUAUGGACAAAUGUCUCUUCUAAUCAA